AUGACUCGGGCCAGGAACUUUCCGAAGUUUGACGCCGCUGGUGUUUUUACUAGAUACAACCUCAACAAUGUACUCGGGUUGGCAUUUAGGUCCUCUGUAUGUAGUAAGAAUGCAGCAUUUAUAGCUCAGGAACAUGGCGCUUUCCGAACAGCCGAUCUGGCUGCCCAUGAAUUAGGACACGUGUUAGGUGCUGUGAACGAUGGUGAAAUAAAUACAUGUCCUAACAACGGGUUCAUCAUGGGCUCGUUGAGGAAUAUGAUGGAUGAGAAGAUAGCCGAAAGGUUUCGUUCAUUUUCACCGUGCUCCCAGUCUGAAAUUAGUUAUCAUCUCGGCAUAGUGAACAGUUAUCCCAACAACUGCUUGCUGACAACUUACGACACCAUCUGGCAGAAGGAGAUGACGGAACGGCUGAAAGAACUCAUAGGCUCGUUUCGUUAA